AUGACAGAAACAUUAACAUUGCGUGUGAAAUCAAUAUUUAAUUUAGAGGCUGAAUCUGUUAUUUCCAAGAAGGACAGGGACUGUUUUCUCAAGCAUUUGGAAAAUAAUAUUAACGUACGGGGAGUGAGAAGUGGGCACUUCAAGUUUUACUUUGAAGCAGGGAAGAACAAACUGGCUCAAGUAUCGUUAAACAAAACGUGCGCUCAAUUGAUUUCAGCUCCCCCUAGCUAUUUUCAAAAUGCUGCAUACCCACUUGUCAUUGACAAUGUUGCUCCAAAGAUUAUGUGUCCAGGUGAGCUGGGCAGUGCUCUCCAGAAAGCAAUUGAGUGGACCGGUAAACGCAUAACUGAGUAUGAUUGUGAGCUGCUCAUAUGGGCUAAUCAUUUUAGAAUGCACGAAAUAUGUCAACUUGAUCCUGCUCCACAGCUAAAGCUAAAUAAACCAACUGGUUCGGUUGAUGUGAAUGACUAUGCUUUUGGCGUAAAUGAGGAACUUAUUAAUGAAUACACAAGAUGUGCGGACAUCUUUCAUGGACUCAUGACAUUUCGUUAUGGUAAAGAUAAACUUUCACCCUACAUGAUCAAAGCAAUUGAUAUAGUCCCUGUCUUACUUAGGUCCCUCCCAUUCCACUCGUUAAUGCGUGUGUCCACAGAAGGGGGAGAACAUCUCCAUUACCAGCAUCAGCAGCACUUUUUUCAUCACACUUCCAGAGGCGGUGGGCAUACAUUUCAUGACCCAAUACUGGCAAUAUUUGAACAUAUGUACAGACAGAUUAAAAGAAAUGUUGGCGAAAAAUCUGAAGCAGUCCAAGGACGAUUUAAUCAGUUUGUAAGCAAUUGUAUACAGUCUGAUGAGAUGGAACCUAGAGCACCUACUGUUACCGAUCCAGACACAUCAACAAUCGUGAAUGAUAAUGCGUUUGAAACAAAGACAACUACAUUAAGCACUUCAUCAGAUUCUGACAAAACUGGUUGCCUGGCUGGAUGUCGUUUUGUGAUUGCUGGUUCUUUCCAGUCUUACAGGUUGAAUCAGGAAAAGUUGACAGAACUAAUCAAAAAGAAUGGUGGACAUGUUUUGAAAGCAGAAAGUAUUCCGGAUGGACUGCCAGUCAAAAUAAUUUUAAUCACUACGCAGAAAGAAUGUGAUAAGAAGGAGAAAAUCAACUCAUCACUUGCUGUUGGAAUCCAAAGAAAGUGGAAAAUAGUUUCCCCUACGUUUAUUAUAGAUGCAAUUAAGCAGCAUUCUCUCCCUUCGACUCAACUUUAUGAGCUUAAACUUGACCAAAUAAAGGAUGCCCCACAAACAUCAUCCGUUCAUAUUGUCGCUCGGAAUGUCGAUGAGACACAUUUUAAGCGAACUGGGGCUUUUUCAGACCUGAAAAAAACCCUAAAAGCUAAUGCGAAAGGAGAAAAGAGGGACUCAGCUAACGCAAACGUCGGUGAUGUUAAAAAAAGUCACAAGAAAAAGAGACAAGAUCCUCUCAAAAAACCACCGAACAGUUAUAUGAUGUUCGUAAAAGAACAUUUUGAAACAGUUCGACAGCAGAUGAAGGAAAUCAAUGCAGAUGUUACCUUUGAUCAGGUGAACAAUGAAUUAAUAAACCAGUGGCACAGCAAAUCAUCUGAAAUCAAGAAUUCAUACAAAGUAAAAGGCUAUGAGAACUUGUAA